AUUUUCAAUACUCAGUCUAAAUAACAGAUAGUGAGAAACAGCCAACAGCAUAAACUGAAUAGACCUGAAAUUUGCACAGCCUGUUUAGUAUUAACAUUUUAUGACUGCAAGAAAAAACACAAAAAACUAUACAUAUUUCACCACUGUUAUGGAAUCAAUGCAGAAAUUAUUGGAGCAAGUACCUGAUAGGAGCAAGGAUAUGAGCAACAUAAUGUUGUUACCGAAGGGAAUUUUAUAGUUAUGGACAGGAGCACCCAAGAAACCACAGACCUUCUCUAAAGAGCACUAGAUGGCCAGAAAAAGCCAAAAUGAAUUGAUCCAUCAACAUAAAGAGAUCAAAUUACCUUUUGAAAAGGGAUCAUGUUCCCAGUGAAGAAUCUUUAAAUAUCAUUCAACGGAAGAGAACUUGAAAAGAGCCAUAUUUGUGCCUAAUCUCCAUCAGAACGGGAAGAUGAAUGCAGGACUCAUUCCAAAACGCUCCUAUUCCAAUUAUGUGCCAUACAAGAGGAGUAGAUAUCAAAAACGAGAAAGCACACCUCCUCUGCCCAGCAAACUGUCCUAUAUGGCAGUACAGUGUCAUUGGAAAUGUUGUGUAUGCCUCCUUGUCUAGUGUCUGUGGAGCUGCUGUUCACAGAGGUGUGAUUACUAGUUCAGGUGGACCUGUAAUAAUGCAAAAGUUAGCAGGGCAAGAGAGCUAUUCUGCAAUAUACGCUAACGGAAUCCAGUCCCAAGGGCUUGGCAAAUGGUCAUCCUCAUUCUCAGUUUCCAGACCAAGUUCUAGAAUCCUUGAAGCAGCUGCACGGCCAGUUUCAACAGCACGCCCAUCAGCAGGUAAACGACCUAAGAAGCCUCUUGAGAAAAAGUCUGGAAACCAAGACUGUAAAGCGGAUAUUGCUUUUCUGAUUGAUGGAAGCUACAAUAUUGGGCAGCGUAGAUUUAAUUUGCAGAAGAACUUUGUUGGGAAACUAGCGGUGAUGCUGGGAGUUGGAUCUGAAGGACCACAUGUGGGAGUUGUACAAGCCAGUGAGCAUCCAAAAAUUGAGUUUUACCUGAAAAACUUCACUCUAGCAAAAGAUGCUUUGUUUGCCAUAAGAGAGAUAGGCUUCAGAGGAGGCAAUUCCAAUACAGGAAAAGCCUUGAAACACACAGCACAAAGAUUCUUUUCUGUAGAAAAUGGGGUACGUAAAGGGAUUCCUAAAAUCAUCGUAGUCUUUAUAGAUGGUUGGCCAUCAGAUGAUAUCGAAGAAGCUGGCAUAGUGGCCAGAGAAUAUGGUAUUAAUGUAUUCAUUGUGUCCAUUGCCAAACCUGCACCUGAAGAACUUGGGAUGGUUCGUGAUGUUGGCUUUAUUGACAAGGCUGUCUGUCGAAACAAUGGUUUCUUCUCCUACAGCAUACCCACCUGGUUUGGUACAACAAAAUAUGUGAAACCUCUCAUUCAAAAACUAUGCGCUCAUGAACAAAUGCUCUGCAGCAAGACUUGCUACAACUCAGUCAACGUAGCUUUCCUGAUUGACGGUUCCAGCAGUGUGGGCGACAGUAACUUCCGUCUCAUGCUUGAAUUUAUUGGAAACGUUGCCAAAGCGUUCGAGAUCACAGAUAUUGGUUCCAAAAUUGCAGUGGUACAGUUCACUUACGAUCAGCGCACUGAGUUCAGCUUUACAGACUACAUCACAAAAGAGAGGGUUCUUGCUGCUGUUCGAGGAGUUAGUUAUAUGAGUGGUGGAACUGCUACUGGAGAAGCCAUUACAUACAUAACCAGAAAUAUUUUUGGACCUGUGAGAAAUGGACCCAACAAGAACUUCCUGGUGAUUUUGACUGAUGGCCAGUCUUAUGAUGAUGUCAGAGGGCCUGCUGCUGCUGCUCAAAAAGCAGGUAUAACUGUAUUCCCCAUCGGUAUUGCUUGGGCCCCAAUGGAUGAUCUAAAAGAUAUGGCAUCUGAACCAAAGGAAACACACACCUUCUUCUCAAGAGAGUUCACAGGACUUGAGCAGAUUGUUCCGGAUGUUAUUCGAGCCAUUUGCAGAGAUUUCUUGGACUCCAAUCAGUGAAUGGGAGGUUCCAGGAGAUCAUUUUAAAUCUCACCAGGCAAACCAAGUCCUCUAUGGUACAAAUGUUCUUUUGUUCUACUGCACAAAGUUGCAAAUUUGUUUGCUUACAAAGGGCUACUAUUCUGCCUUCUUCAAGAAAAACUUCUAUUGAAAUAAAUGGAAGUUUUCUCAGAUAAGUAUUGCAGAGCUUGUCCCAAAGCUGCCCUCAUAUAUGUAUAUUUAAUAUCUCUCAGUAAAGUUUAUAGUUCAAGUUACUUGACAUCAAGUUUAUGUAUAUAGAGAAAAUACAGAGCUGCUCCUGGCAUUAAAUUCUGGUAGCUACUUAAAUAUCCUUUCCAAUUAAAAGUAAUAUAAUCUCAGAUAACAUUUCCUCUACCAUAUAAAAUUCUUUAGAAUGUCAGUAAUGAUUUCAAGAAUGCUUUGGUGAAUAUGUGGGUGUAAACGCAUUGUCAACAUUUGUAUAAGAACUACUUUUAGGAAGAGUUAUUUGCAGGCAAGAUAGAUUAUGAACAUACAUUAGAUUUUUAAAAGGGGAAAUAGCCCUUUUGGAAAAUACUUAUCUUUUCAACCAACCAGUUAAGGCAGUUUGUUUGUGUGGGUGGGUGGUGGUGGUGGUCUGUUUUUUCUUUUCAAAAACAGUUUUGUUGUUUCUGUUAGUCUCCUCACACACACAUACAAUCUACCAGGUCCUUCUACUCCUCUCCCAAUUAGUGUGCAGUGUGUGAGAGGGCUACUAUCUCUUCUACUUACAGCUUCCUUUAACAUCUCAUACCAUGGCUACAGUACUGCGUUUUUCUGCACUGAAGGAGACAUAGUAGUUCCAUAAUUCAGUGUGGCAUUCUGGACAUAUUAGAAAAGGAGAGAUAAAUCCUCUGCCUGCUAGUCCAGAUCAGCCUGGCUGGGCUAUAGUACCCACAGCAUACAGUAAGUGGAAAAGGGCAUGAGCAAAGCCUUAAUGUUAUCUCACCCUCUUCCCCUUCCUUUAACCCCUAAGUACACUAGACAGCCAGAGACUGGAAUAACAAUUAUUGCUUUUUAUUUAAUUAUUUGAUUCAUUAAUAGUCAAACUCACACUCCUAUCAAAGAACCCACCAGCCUGCUAAAGUUGGAUUUCAAAAGACUGGCUUGGUUAUGUUGAUUUCUACGUUACUAGUACUGUUUAAGGAACUUCUUGCUUUGAGGGGAAAAACUGUCCUGCAUACAUUUUCAAACUUUUACAAACUAUUAAGAAAAGAAUAAAUAUAUAUGUAUAAAUGCUAGGCUCUGACAAUGUUUAUUAGAUUAAUUUGAAAUCAAAAUUCUUGCGAACAAAAAAAAUCGGAACCACUUUUGACAAAGAAUAUUUUGCAUAAUUUUGGUUAUGGGCUUGAAGAAUAAGUCUGUAACUGGCAAGUUUGUGUUUAGUGAGUUUGAAUGUUCUUUUAUUGCUUUAUGAACUAGGUUUGUACAUAGGCACGAGUGAAGAGGCACCAUAUGUCCCCCUGGUGCCAGGGUCAAAAGCAACAUCCAUUUGACAACAGGGCUGUAUGAACAAACCUGUGUGUGUUUAACCUAUGUGGAUUGAGUGGUUUCAAUUUUCCCACUCUCUUUUGUGCAAGUAUAUUGAAUUAGUAACUUUUUACAAUUACUUUGCACACGUUAAGCAUGAUUCAGGUUUCAUCAUGUCUACUACACAUCCAGUUGUAUUACAAUGGAACUGUAGCUUUCUUGUGGUAUAUGGAUGUUGUUGUAACUGAAUUGCUACUCAGGUUUCCCUAAGUACUAUUCUAUGUAAUUAAUUCAAACACAGAUUGCUCAAAAAUGGAAGAGAUACGUAGAAAGUUGUGGAUAGGGAGGCUGUGUUUAAGCAAUUCUAUUUAAGGUACUUUAUCUGAAAGUUCAACCAAGUUUAAAUAUUUAUCAAAUAUGUUCAGGUUUAGAGAAAAUUGUUUCCAAUGUCUUCAUUACAUUUUAUCACAAAAUGCUUAGUAUGUUAUUUAGUCUUUAAGCAGAUGUAAGUUACAUAUUUUCUCAAGUCUGCCUGAAUAAGAAAUCUGAUUUUUUUAAAAAGAAUCUGGUUAUUAUCCUGCCACCUAAUACACAAGUUGAAGGACUGGAGAAACCACAUUGACCCAGAGUGAAAGGGUGUGUUUAAUUUUUUAAAACUUCUGUUGGACUUAAUUUAAAUUCAAGCUCUUCAAAUGAAAUUAACUAUGGAUUAUCCAGCCAAGAUUUCGUUUAGCCGUGCCCAAUUCUCCCUUACAACAGUCCCUGCCUCAAAUGGCUUUUGUCCAAGCAGCUUCCUUGAUUCCUGUUAUGACUUUCCUGGCGGUAAGGGGUCCCCCCUCCCCUUUUCACCAACUAAAAAGCUGGCUGGAUCCAAUUCAUAGAACUGAAAACCAAGAUCACCUAUUGUGAUGAGAGGUGGUUGGAAGCAAGAGAUGCUGUGACAGUCAUAGCGAUGGAAAGGGACCCUGGUGUAUCUGUGGAUGAGAGGAAAGAGAGAAGGUGCUCUUUGCCAAAGAGGCCAUCCUUUUCCAAUUGAGAAGGAAACAAGCUGGCCCUCUGAUGUGUUAACAUCUCUUGACUGGAAAGUCCACGGCUGGUGGGCUUGGGUGGGUUCUGAAAAGGGGAGCUGUUCCUUUGUUUGAGAGUAUACAUUAGUAUGCUUUCGAAAUUUGGAGGCCAUCAUGGAGUUGCCUGUCUUGGAUGUUUACCCAUGAAGAAUGACAAGAGGGAAAUUAUUCUAAAGAGGGUUGCAGAUGUGCCUGGGGCAGGGGCAUCAUGCAGCUAACAAAGAAUAUACAUAACAUGGGCUGUAAGUUCCUAUUAGUAAAGGUCUUUUUAUGUCCAUUGCACACCUAGUUGUGUUUCUUGUAGAACCAAAUUUGUGACUUGUAGAAAUAAAGUUGUUUAAUUAGAGAGAGACUGCACAAGUCCCUAUCCACCUUGACAUGCUAUAGUUAUAUAUUCCUGUUGAUCUGUCUUCGGGCGACCCACCAGAGAGAGAGGGGAGCUGGAUUUUAUCCUAGGGAGUGGUGGCAACAGUAAAAGGGAGGGCAAGACAAUAGCUAGUCUUGCCCCAAAAGUAAUGAAAAUCAUACCUCUACUCAGCUACAAAACUGUAGGAUACUGAAUUCAUUCAGAAUACUAGAAAUUUACCAAGCUUUAGGGGAAAAAUAUUUCUGAUGUACAUUCUUUCCAGUAACCUGGAAAAUGCUGCUUCCACAUACUCUUUAUGACAAGAUUUCAUGAUGGCUUAAAUCAAUUAACCAAUAACAAAGAAUGGAGCUAUCUGUAUCAUUCACUACAGAAUCAUCACAAUAAAACAAGGCAAAUGUAAAUACUU